CAAAAAUCACGUAAAUUUUCCAGUAAACACUUUUCCAAUUUAUAAACCUGCUUGCAAACUUUAGUACCCUACCAUACGCAGUAUCACAAAUACCGUAAUGGACAAUCCUGUUGUUUCACUUAAAGAAGGUCUAAUAAAAGGGAAAAUUGGAAAAGAUCAUUUUGAUAAUCCCUAUUUCCACUUCUUGGGUGUUCCCUACGGGAAGGCUCCUAUAGGAGAACUGCGAUUUACGGCUCCUGUUCCAGUGGAACCUUGGAAUGGUAUCAAAGAUGCAACCCAAGAAGGCCCAGUGUGUGCCUCACGUCAUGUAAUGUUUAAACGAUAUGUCGGAGCUGAGGAUAAUUGUCUACAUGUCAAUGUUUACACCCCACAACUCCCCAGUGAUGGUAACAACACCCUUAAACCCGUCAUGGUCUGGAUCCAUGGUGGUGGUUUUUUGCAUGAUUCAAAUCGUCGUGAAAUGUAUGGCCCAGAAUAUUUAAUAACCGAAGAUGUUGUUAUCGUUUCAGUCAAUUAUCGUCUUGGAGUCUUUGGCUUUCUCAGUUUGGAAAAUCCAGCUCUUGAAGUGCCGGGAAAUGCCGGAUUGAAAGAUAUGGUUCUUGCACUUAAAUGGGUUCAAAAAAAUAUCAAAAAUUUUGGUGGAGAUCCAAACAAUGUGACAAUUUUUGGCGAAAGUGCUGGUUCAGCUGCCGUUCAUUAUUUAUACCUUUCCCCAAAAACCAAAGGAUUGUUUCAUAAAGCAAUUUGUCAGAGUGGGUGUGCGUUAAACAGUUGGGCAAUUGGGUGUACCAAUGGUACCAUAAUUGCUGAUUAUCUUAAUUUUAAAGAGAGAGAUGAAGGAAAAAUUUUGGAAUAUUUGAAAAGUUUGUCGCCACAAAAAAUAGUUAAAGCAUUGCAUAGAUACGACGACACAUUUACUGCAAGUCGGAUUCGACCAUUUGGUCCAGUUGUUGAAAAAUAUGUCACUGAUUCGGCUUUUUUAAUGGAAGAACCGUUGGAAAUCAUUAAAUCGAGGAAAUUUAACAAAGUACCUCUAAUAAUAGGGAAUAAUUCAAGAGAAGGGAUACUUGCCGAAGUUGCAAAAAAAGUAUUCGGGGAAAAUAUAGUUGGUUGUAGUUUCGAAGAUGAGAUUUACUUCUACCUCAAACUAGAGAAAGGUUCGGAGGAAUCCAAACGAAUUGCUAAUAAAAUUAAAAAUUUUUAUUUUAACGGAGAGGACCGAUCGGAAAACAAUAUUGAAAAAUUUUAUUUGCUCAAAACCGAUAACAUGUUCCUACACGGAACCUUCAAAACCGUAAAUUACCAAAAAGAGCAAACCGAAGUACCCAUUUAUUUCUACGAAAUGACCCUAGAUCACCCUUUCAGUCUCUUCAAAAGCAUGUGCACGCCUAAAUUCUUCUAUCCAACCAUGUUUUUCUAUUUUCUAGCUUACUUUGUAGGCCCAGGUCGACUAAACCAAAUUUUUUUGAGGUUAGCAAAUCUCAUGCCGCGAAAAACCCUUACUGGGGCUUCUCAUGCAGACGACUUGAGCUACAUUUUCAAACCACUUUUGGCAGAAAAAGUCCGGUAUGGAAGUGACGAAGAAAUUUACAUAAAACGGUUUAUAAAAUUAUGGACGAAUUUUGCAAAAAGUGGAAACCCAACUCCGAAUACGAAUGACCCUUUGUUGAAUUAUGUAGAGUGGAGGCCGGUGACAAAGGACCAAAACUGUAUCCUAGAUAUCGGGACUCGACUAGAGAUGAAAAAUUACCCACAUGUCGAAAGAAUGCAAUUUUGGGACAGUAUUUACAGUUACUGAAAGUUUACAAUAAAAUAU